UCUGGGUGUGUUCUCGGUGUGGCACGCGCGGUGUGCUGUGUUCCGCGCGAGUGUGUGGAGCAGCUCUGGAGGGUGACACACCGCAGCACGAGAGGCGAAGGCGGAGCUGACUCGGUCUCUCUCUGCACGAGCUCACAGGCGGCGCUUUGUUCGAGGAUCUCGACACGUCACGCCGAGUCUAGCGGGAAACAGCGGCUCUCAGUCGGGAUGAAGGCACGGAUCGCGCCGCGCUUGUCCGGUGGAGAAUAAGCGCGAGGAUCUGCUGACGCGGCGGAGGAGAAUACCGUCAGCAUGACGAGCGCGUUAUAGACGCGUCCUUCUCCAGGCUCCGCCGCUUUACUCUCGCGCGAUGGACACGACGGAGCGCGACGCGUUCACGCCUCUGCUGGAGGACUUUCUGCGCUCUCCUCUGGUGUGCUGGGUGAACACCGUCUCUCCGCUGGGCUCCGGAGGCUCUCAUCUGUCGGACUUCAUGACUUUAGUGGACGGGGUUCAUCUCAAUGACGUCAUGACUGACAUAAACCCAAAGAGCAGUGUUCAGCGAGUCCACAGGAAGGUCAGGAACGACCCAGCACUGCGCAUCCAGAACCUGUCCCUCCUCGUGCAGCAGAUCAAGUCCUGCUAUCAGGAGACGCUGCAGCAGCUGGUGGUGAUGUCACUUCCUGAUGUGCUGGUGCUGGGCAGGACUCCUCUCAGCGAGCAAGGACUGGAGGAGAUGAGGAAGAUCCUGCUGCUACUGCUGGGCUGUGCUGUACAGUGUAACAGGAAGGAGGACUACAUCGACCGGAUCCAGACGCUGGACUUUGACACACGGGCAGCCAUCGUCGCUCACAUUCAGGAGGUGACCCAUAACCAGGAGAAUGUCUUUGACCUUCAGUGUGUGGAGGAGAGUGAGUGUGUCCCACACGAUAAAGAUGCCAUCAUUAGACAGCUGACCUUUAACCUUAAGCGCCUCGUUGACGAGAGAGACCAGCACGCUGAGGCGAUCGUGGCUCUGACUCUGGAGCGGGACAGUGCGCUCGCCCCGUCGCCCGGAGACUCGUCCAGCAUGAGACGCACAGAGAGCGUGCAGCAUCUGUCCGUGGAGCUGGCCGACGCUAAAGCCAGGAUCAGACGCCUGCGGCAGGAGCUAGAGGAGAAGAGCGAGCAGCUGCUGGACUGCAGACAGGAAGUGGAGCACCUGGAGGCCGAGGUCAAGAGACUGCAGCAGGAAAACCUGCAGGUGCUGUGUGAGGUGCGGGCGCUGCGGGUGAACCGGGACGAGCUGGACGCGCUCCGAGAGAAGGCCGUGCGGGUGGAGCGACUGGAGAGUGAGGUGAAGCGCUGCAGAGAGAAGCUCCAGCACAUGCAGUUCUUCCAGACCAGAGUGGAGGAGCUGAAGGAGGACAGUCAGGUGCUGCUGGAGACCAGGAGUGUGCUGGAGGACCAGCUGGAGUCGUACAGAGCUCGCUCAGAUAAACACCACCAGCUGGAGAAGGAGAACCUGCUGCUGCAGAGCAAGAUCCAUGAGCUGGAGAUGGAGCGAGACAUGGACAGGAAGCGCAUGGAGGAUCUGCUGGAGGAGAACCUGGCGCUGGAGAUGGCCCAGAAACAGAGCAUGGACGAGUCUCUACAUCUGGGCUGGGAGCUGGAGCAGCUCUCCAAGACCACACCUGCGCUCUCUGAAGUGCUGCAGAAGUCUCUGGGGGACGAGGUGAACGAGAUGACCUCCAGUCAGCUGCUGAAGCUGGAGAAGGAGAACCAGAUGCUGCUGAAGAGCCUGGAGGAGCUGAAGAGCGGCGCACACCUCCACCUGGAGAGAGACCUCCACCUGGAGAGAGACCUCCACCUGGAGAGAGACCUCCACCUGGACAGAGACCUCCACCUGGACAGAGACCUUCACCUGGAGAGAGACCUCCACCUGGAGAGAGACCUCCACCUGGACAGAGACCUCCACCUGGACAGAGACCAGCAGAAGCUCAGCCAGCAGGUGAAGGGUCUGGAGCAGGAGAACGAUCAUCUGAACCAGACCAUCGCCUCUCUCAGACAGCGCUCUCAGGUCAGCGCCGAGGCUCACGUCAAAGACAUCGAGAAGGAAAACCGCGUCCUGCACGAGUCCAUCAAAGAGACCAGCAGCAAGCUCAAAAAGAUGGAGUUUGAGCGCAAACAACUUCGCAAAGACCUGGAGCACUAUAAAGAGAAAGGAGAAAGAGCCGAGGAGCUGGAGAUGGAGGUGCAUCGACUGGAGCGAGAGAAGGAGAGUCUGCAGAAGCGUCUCGCUGCUCUCUCCAUCACCUGUGGGAAGGUGGAGGUGCUGGAGAAGGAGAACGCUGAGCUGGAAGCAGAGAGCAGGAAACUGAAGAAAGCGGCGGACGGUCUGAGGAACGUUUCCUAUCAGCUGGAGGUGCUGGAGAAGGAGAACACUCAGCUGGAUGAAGAAAACCUGGCGCUCCGGCGCAUGGUGGAGUCUUUACGGUCCACCGGAGCAAAGGCUGCUCAGCUGGAGCUGGAGAACAAAGAGCUGGAGAGCGAGAGAACCCAACUCAAGAAGAGUCUCGAGCUCCUGAAGGCUUCGUCCAAAAAAAACGAGCGUCUGGAAGUCAGUUACCAAAGCCUGGAGGCAGAGAACCAGCGGCUCCAGAAAGCCCUGGAGAGCGGCAGCCGCAAGAUUCAGCAGCUGCAGGGAGAACUGCAGGACACGGAGAUGGAGAACCAGAGCCUGCAGCAGAGCCUGGAGGAGCUGAAGAUCUCCAGCAAAGGUCUGGAGCAGCUGGCGCAGGAGAACACGGCCCUGGAGCAGGAGAACAACCAGCUGGAGAGAGACAAGAAGCAGCUGGAGAAGGAGAACAAGCGGCUGCGACAGCAGGCUGAAAUCAAAGACUCCAGACUCGAUGAAGACAACCUGCGCAUCUCUCACCUCGAGAAGGAGAACCGCACGCUGGGCAAGGAGCUCACCGCUCUCAAAGACACGUGUGGCCGCGUCAAAGACUUGGAGAAGGACAAUAAAGAACUGGUCAAACAAGCAACCAUAGACAAGAAGACCCUGGUCACUCUGAGAGAGGAGCUUGUCAAUGAGAAAUUAAAGACCCAGCAGAUUAACAAUGACCUGGAGAAGCUGACCCAUGAGCUGGAGAAGAUCGGCCUGGAUAAAGAGGGGCUUCUGCGUGAUGAAGAGAGCUCUGAUGACAGGUUUAAGCUUCUGGAGUGUAAGCUGGAGUCCACUCUCAAGUCCUCUCUGGAGAUCAAAGUGGAGAAGAUCGCUGCUCUAGAAGCCCGACUGCAGGAGUCCUCCAACCUCAACCAGCAGCUGCGGCACGAGCUCAAAACGGUGAAGAAGAACUACGAGGCUCUGCGUCAGCGUCAGGAGGAGGAGUGUUCGGCUCAGAGCUCGCCUGCGAGAGGACGGGAGGACACUCAGAGCAAAUGGGAGAAGGAGAGUCAGGAGGCCACGCGAGAGCUUCUGAAGCUCAAAGACCGACUCAUAGAGGUGGAGAGGAACAACGCCACUCUCCAAGCAGAGAAGCAGGCUCUCCGGACGCAGCUGAAGCAGCUGGAGUCUCAGAGCGGGAAUCUCCAGGCACAGAUCCUGGCUCUUCAGAGACAGACCGCGUCCCUACAGGAGAACAACACCACGCUACAAACACAGAACGCCAAACUACAGGUGGAGAACUCGACACUGAACUCUCAGAGCGCCGCUCUCAUGUCCCAGAAUGCUCAGCUGCAGACGCAGCAGUCCGGCACAGAGAGCGAGAGGGACGUGGCCAUUCGAGAGAAGGAAGAGCUGCGCUCGGUCUAUGAUCUGCUGCUGCACGACCACGAGAAGCUGUCUGCGCUGCACGAGAGACAGGCCUCAGAGUACGAGGAUCUGAUCGGCAAACACGGAGAGCUGAAGAGCGGCCACAAGAGCCUGGAGCUGCAGCACCGCAGUCUGGAGAACAGGUACAAUCAGCUGCUGAAGCAGAAGAGCGAGCUAGAGCAGCUGGAGAGAGAGCUCACAGCAGAGCGAGAGAAGAUGAUGUCUGACAGCAGGAGUCAUCAGGACACGGCCGCACAGUACCAGAGGCUCAGCGAGGAGCACCACACGCUGAGCUCCACACACCAGCAGCUCCUGAAGGACAACGAGCUCCUGCAGACAGAUCAUAAGAGCCUCAAGAGUCAGCUGAACACGGCUCGGCUGGAGCAGACGCGUCUGGAGGCAGAGUUCUCCAAACUCAAAGAACAGUACCAGCAGCUGGACAUAACCUCCACCAAACUCACCAACCAGUGCGAGUUGUUAAGUCAGCUGAAGGGGAACCUUGAGGAAGAGAACCGGCAUUUGCUGGAUCAGAUCCAGACCCUCAUGCUGCAGAACCGGACCCUGCUGGAGCAGACCAUGGAGAGCAAAGACCUGUUCCACGUCGAGCAGAGACAGUACAUUGACACACUCAAUGAACUGAGGAGACAGAAAGAGAAACUUGAGGAGAAGAUCAUGGAUCAGUAUAAAUUUUGUGACCCAUCACCUCCACGAAGGAGGGGCAACUGGAUCACGCUGAAGAUGAAGAAACUGAUCAAGCCAAAGAGUCGUGAGCGUAUGCGCUCUCUCACACAGACCCCACCCCGCUCCGAGUCCAGUGAAGGUUUCCUGAUGCUGCCGCAGCCGGACAGUCAGGACAGCUCAUCCAUCGGCUCCGGAUCCAACUCACUGGAGGACAUGCUAACCCCCCGCAGCAGCACGUUCAAAAAGCUUCCAUUCAUGAGGAACCGAUCCAAGGAGAAAGACAGAGUGAAGGCCAUCUACCGCCGCUCUGUGUCCAUGAACGACCUGCUGCAGACGAUGGAUCUGUCCGAGGGUCAGUGGUCCAGCAGCGCGGAUCAUCUUGAGGCUCCUGAUGAGGCCAUCAGCUCUCAGCACAGGAAGGAGUUUGGAUCCAUGGACUACGCCGGGCUGACCCUGACCCUGACCAGCGGCCGCAGCGCUCGCCUCCGCUCUGAUACAGGCAGUGCUGUGUCCAGUGAUGACAUCACACAGCCGUCGUCGCAGGAGAACAGUGUGCGGAGAGCUCUGGGUGUGAUGAACAGCAGUGAGAGCAGCGGUGAGGUCUCUGUGAGUCUGGACAGUGUGAGGCAGAGGUCAGCUCAGCACAGCUCUCUGGACACCAGAGCUGCAGGAAGUGAGAAGGUUUCCCUGCAGCAGGACCUGAAGGAGAGCACAGCACCUGCAGAGCAGGUUCUCUCAGCACAGUCGUCUGGUGUGUCCAGAGAGCGGGUGAAGAGCCGUGGUAUCUUGCGCUCGUCCAGCAGCAGGGCUCCACCGGGACGUCCUGGUCUGCAGAAGGCAGAGGGCUCCGGUCUGUCGUCACAGAGCAAGACUGUGUCCGUGUCAGAGCGUCUGGACUCGAGCGCAGGCCUGCCCCGCGCCAGCAGUGUCAUCUCCACCGCCGAGGGCUCCGUCCACCGCUCCAGCUCCAGACAGUGAGGAAGUGUUCCAGCACAACAGGAAGUCUCCAAGCAGAAGAGGAGCUCAGAGUCUGUCCUGACACACAGGGUGAGGGUCAGGAUCCUCCUCAGCUGCUCUUCAUCAGGAAACACACUCAAUCUCUGCUGUUUGCUGAAGGUCCCUCUGAACUGACUGAUGUCUCUGUUAAAUGAGUUGUAAAUAUCUGCGAUCAGUUCAUUGUUCCUCGCUUCAUUCUGCAGGUUUAUUUUCAUGAUAAAUGUGUAAUAACUGCUAGCAGUGUUAUGUCUGAGGAUCGCUCCUGUUAUUUCCUCACACGUGAUCAGAGAGACGAGCACAGUACUGACAGAAAUAUUCAUCAUAGAAAUUAAUGUUUUACCAGCCUUAUAAAGAAAAAAGCAAUAUUUUAAAGAAAUGACCCUUUAUUUAUCAAAGAUGCAUUAAAUGAAAAGUGACAGUAAAGACAUUUGUCACAGUAGAUUUCUAUUAUUAUAUAUCUGUGAAUCCUGAAAAAUAAAAUGUAUCACGGUUUCCACAAAAA